AUGGGAAAGGGACGUCGCAUGAAGAAGCAGGGGCCUCCUGCCCCCCUGGAUGAGUCCAAGAUUACAAUUUUGAAGAAGCGCAAGGCCGCCGAGGCUGCUGAGACCGAGGCAGCUCCCAAAGUUGUCGCAGCCAAGAAGCGUCGGAGAUCCGAUGCUGAUGAGGAUGUUGUGACGAAGAAGGAUGCUCCCAAGAAGUCCAAGGUCAACGGUGCGGCCUCCAAGCUCACUGGAAAGGAGAACAAGAAGGCUGUUACAGCGAAGAAGCAGCCCGUUCCAAUGUCCGACUCCGAGGAUGAAGAGAUGGACGACGAGUUUGGUGACCUGGACGAUGUUAGCGAGGGAUCAUUGGAUAGCCAGGAUGGUCUCGAGCGCUUGUCCGACUUGGAGGAUGAUGAGGAUGACUCGGUCCUUGAUUCUGACGAGGAGGAUCACCCCCGUGAGGCCAUGUUCUCCGACGACGAAGACCUUUCCGAUGCCGAGGAACGAUUGACUGCCGCCAAUAUCGAGGGACUUUCUCGGAAAUUGGACCUCCAGAGACAGGCUGAGGAGGAAGAGGCUGAGCAAGAAUUGCAAGAGUCUGCUAUGCAGACCAACAUUGCCGGUGACCGCCCCGAUGUCUUCGCCGACGAGACCCGACCCGAUGGUCUUGCUCCGGAUUUGCAGCUUCUGCGCCAGCGUAUCACAGACACCAUCCGCAUUCUGGGUGACUUGAAGACCCUUGGACAACCCGACAAAUCUCGCGUCGACUACGUCGAUCUCCUGCUCAACGAUAUCUGCACUUACUACGGCUACACCCGAUACCUCGCCGAGAAGCUGUUCAACCUGUUCACCCCCAUGGAGGCUUUCGCCUUUUUCGAAGCCAACGAGACCCCCCGUCCAGUCGUUAUUCGUACCAACACCCUGCGAACCAACCGUCGUUCUCUCGCUCAGGCCCUGAUCAACCGUGGUGUCGUUCUCGAGCCCGUCGGCAAGUGGUCCAAGGUCGGUCUGCAGGUCUUCGAGUCUCCCGUUCCCCUCGGUGCCACCCCCGAGUACCUGGCUGGUCACUAUAUUCUGCAAGCUGCAUCUUCCUUCCUGCCCGUCAUGGCGCUGGCUCCCCAGCCCGGUGAGCGUGUUCUCGAUAUGGCUGCCGCCCCCGGUGGUAAGACUACUUACAUGUCCGCCCUCAUGCGCAACACCGGCUGCGUGAUCGCCAACGAUGCCAGCAAGCCUCGUGCCAAGGGUCUUAUUGGUAACAUUCACCGUCUCGGCUGCAAGAACACCAUCGUGACCAACAUGGAUGCCCGUACUGCCUUCCCCAAGGCUAUGGGUGGCUUCGACCGUGUCCUGCUGGACGCUCCUUGCACCGGUACCGGUGUCAUUUCCAAGGAUGCCGGUGUCAAGACCUCCAAGGAUGAAAGCGAUUUCCUCCGUAUCCCUCACAUGCAACGCCAGCUGCUUCUGGCCGCCAUUGACUCCGUCGACCACGCGUCCAAGACUGGUGGUUACGUGGUCUACUCCACUUGCAGUGUCACCGUGGAGGAGAACGAGGCAGUUGUGCAGUAUAUCCUGCGCAAGCGUCCCAACGUGAAGAUUGUCGACACCGGCCUCGGUGACUUUGGUAGCCCCGGUUUCGUCAGCUACAUGGGCAAGAAGUUCGAUGCCAAGAUGGCUCUUACCCGCCGCUACUUCCCUCACCGCGAGAACGUCGAUGGUUUCUACGUCUGCAAGCUGAAGAAGACUGGUCCUACCCCCAUCGCCAAGCCCACCGACGACACUACUUCUUCUGCUGACCGCCACCCUCGUCGCGCCAGCUCCAAGGCUUCCUCUGCCGACGAGGAGGUCAUUGACAAGACCCCCAUUCUUGAUGAGGAUGGUGCUGCUAUGGACUUUGAGGGCGGUGCUUUCGGUCCCUUCGAGGAUGGUGAUGAGGAUGCGGAGCGCAUUGCCCGUGCUGAGCGUAACCGUCUGCGUCGCAAGGGUAUCAACCCUAAGGGUGUCUUGAACAAGCCCAAGAAGAACAAGGAGGAGGCAUCUAAGACUGAGGCCAAGGCCGAGUCCACCCAAGAGGAGAAGAAGGAGAAGAAGGAGGACGCUAAGCCCGAAGCUGCUAAGAAGUCCUCCAAGGGAGAGAAGAAGACCGUGACGAAGGCGGAGAAGAGUGAAAAGGCCGAUAAGAAGGAGAAGAAGGAGAAGAAGGCCAAGAAGGCAAGCAAAUGA